CUGACGCUCGAUCACUGGCGCGUUUCACUCGCACGAUCGCGCGUGUUUACGCACGGGCCCAUUUCCCAUGCCUGCUCUUUCAUGUCGUGUGCUUUACCCUUUAUUCCUUUAUUCGAAGGCUGCGUACGGAUCCUCGGGUAGCAGUUUCAGCUAUCACUAACCUGUAGGCUGGUCAGCAGAGGGGUGCGGAGCACUGGAGAAUUUGUUUCAGUGGAAUUACCGUCGUGUAGCGUAUGUGUAGGCAGCGACCGGGACAGUUAUGCUGCUUCGAGGGAUAUACAGGUAGUCUUCCGAUAAUUCAAAAAUUUUUUUGUCUGUUCUUCUGAAGUAGUAUUCUGGCUGCAGUUCGUGCCGUUGGCAUGCAGAGCAUGCGACCGGCGCUCGUAUCCCGAAACGAAGGCAGGUCAUCGUCUUCGUCUCGCACCUAUCCCCUGCUGGAUUGCCGUAUCAUCGCGCCUAUUAUACAGAUCUAUCGCGGAUUAUGAUGUUAUAUCGCCGAGAGCGUCGAAGGUGAACGCAGUCGUGAGUGGACAUACACCUGGAUGCACUCCGGCGGCCGUGAGUAAGCCAUCCUACGUUGCACGUGCUUUGGAACACCGAAUCGUCCACGCCGUUUUCGGUUACCUUGGGUGUGUGUGUACUUCAUUGACUCGCAAAUAUCUGCGCACGGUGUUUAGACCAUUCCCUUCCAAACUUUGCUUGUUGUGUGACAUUUGACUAUGGCUAUAGGAGGCUGGCUGGGCGGAGGUGCCGAAACGACCCUGCUGCAUGCAUACCUAGGCUCUUCUGGAGAUGCGUCCCGCACGAUGAUGGGUAGAACGGAACCAUCAAAUCAUUCGAACGGUGAGCGGAAACGCUGCUAUCUAGACUCACUGCACAAGGUUCGCCGUAGCAACGCAGCGCGCGGUGCAGGCAUGGUGCGUUCGUUGACCGGCUCGCUUAGGGCCAUGUGCGCUUCCGCAGUGGCGACGGCACGUUCUUACCUCGAACAUCCUUCGGGUCUCGAAGACGGUUCGAGUUCCGAUCCAGUCGAGGAGCAGCGGCGGACAUGACCCCACUGCCGUCGACACCACCAUCCGCAGCAAGUCCAGCAAAAGCGGUGUGACGGUGCCGGCGUAAAAGUACCGACGUGUAUCGACUACGGUUUCAGACGGAAGUGGUGUUCGACCAGUGCCGCGUGGACGCCCGCUGUGUGUGCCGGUGUUGUGGCUGUGCUGUGCUACAUCAACUCACUGGAUGGCGAGUUUGUGCAUGACGAUAUGGUGGCGGUGGUGGGGAACCCCGAUGUCACCGGUGAGAACAGGCGACACGCGUUGACGCUGCCGUCGUCGCUCUGGAUGAACGAUUUAUGGGGUCGACCGAUGGCUGAUCCCAGGAGCCAUAAGUCAUACCGGCCGCUCACAGUGCUCAGCUUCAGGGCCAACUUCUACGCAAAUGGACGCCAGGUACGCGGCUACCACAUGGUUAACGUAGUUCUGCACUGCGCAUGCUCAGUGCUGGUGGCCGUCAUCGCCCGCUGCAUCAUGCGGAUAACGGCCCUCCAUGCGUGCUUCGCGGCGACGCUCUUCGCUGCGCAUCCUGUGCACACCGAGGCCGUGUCGAGCAUUGUGGGCCGAGCCGAAGUGCUGUGCUGUUUCUUCUUUCUGCUGUCGUUCCUUUGCUACCACUGCUGCCAAGUUUCCAGCGAUGGCCGAGGAGGACACGGAAGUGCGAAGUGGCUCGCAGCCUGCGGUCUACUCUCCGUGUGUGCAUUGCUUUCCAAAGAGCAAGGCAUCACCGUACUGCCGUUGUGCAUAGCCCUGAGGAUACGCACAUUAGUCGUCGAUGCUACGCGUCCAGAACGACACACGCAGUGCCACAAGGCUCACCGACGACGGUGGCCAAUCUGCAGGCACUGCCUACGCGAAAUUGCCUACAGAUGCCUCACGGAUCGUGACCUUGCUGCUCUUGCAGCAUUGACGGCAUUACUUCUGUGCUUCAGGCUAUGGAUUCUACAGGGAAGCUUCCCCGAAUUUUCUGCGAUGGACAACCCUGCGUCGUUCUCACCGAUGAGUACAACCAGGCUGCUGACUUACAGCUACCUAUGCGCCUUCAACGCCUGGCUCGUCUUGUGUCCACGUACCCUGUCUUACGAUUGGCAGAUGGGCAGCAUACCUCUCGUGACGUCACCGUUCGACCCAAGGAAUCUGGCAACACUGGCGAUACUUGUUUCGCUAGCAGCCCUCGCCUGGCGGGCCUUGAUUUCAUCGCAACAAAAAGACAGCGCUGCUGGUGGGUCAAGACAGCAGUGCUGCUGCUACUACAGCACAGCUGAGCAAGUGCACGAGCCUUCUUCAAGAUUAGUAGUGCCACUCCUUCUGACUGUGCUGCCUUUCCUUCCGGCGUCCAACCUCUUUGUGACCGUCGGCUUCGUUGUCGCCGAGAGAGUUCUCUACAUUCCCAGCAUCGGCGUGACUCUACUCGUUGCUGAAGGAUUAUGCCGUCUUCACACGCGGUGCUCUCGAGUGAUCCAGUGGGGCAGCUUGUCUUCCUGCUUCGUUCUAGUUCUGCUGUUUGCUGCACGUACAUGGAGCAGAAACGGCGUGUGGGUCUCCAGAGAGGCCCUGUUCGAAUCAGGCAUCAAGGACCUUCCAGAAAACGCAAAGAUGCACUACAACUACGCUAAUCUGCAGAAAGACAUUGGAAACUCCGAUCUAGCCGUCAAGCAUUACAGGCUGGCGAUCGAGUUGUGGCCAGAGCACGCCAGCGCGCACAAUAACUUGGGCACUGUACUAACGUCGACCGAAGAAUCCGAACAUCACUUCCGGUACGCCUUGCGUGUCAAUCCAAAUCAUCCAGGGGCUCAUUUUAACCUCGCCAAUAUCUACAGCAAGCAAGGCCAAAAGGAGGUUGCCCGGACUCUGCUGGAGCGUGCGGUAGAGCUGGAGCCGGAUUUCUGCGAGGCCUACUCGUCGCUGGCAACGCUCGCUGCGGAAAGGGGACUUGCUGAAGCCGAGAGGCUGCACCAGAUGGCGCUGAGCAGCGACGAUCGAAAUGCGGACGCCCGCAACAACUAUGGAACAUUCCUUCAAUCACACGGUGAGCCCGAUUCUAUGGCUGAUCAGUACCAGCAAGCUCUCGACCUCCAGCAAAACCACACCGUGGCACUCCUUAAUGCAGCUAGAAGCCUACGGAGCAUGAACCUGAACAUGCAGGCGGAGAGCCUCUACAAGAGGGCUCUCGCUGUUGAGCCAGACCCUCAGGUGAUGGACAACCUCGCCGUGUUCUACGUCAGCGCUGGUCGCCUGGACGAAGCGAGGCAGCUCUUCGAAGAAAUUCAUCGGCUCUUUCCAGAACACCGUGACAGCAACGUCCAUCAUGCUCAGCUUCUCAUUCGCCUUCGGAGCUUCCGAGUGGCUGAGGACCUUCUUCUAGACGUCAUCGAGAAUAACAGCACGGACAGGGCGGCCUUGCACACGGCUGCUCUAUUGUACAACCACAUCAACCGCACAGUCGAGGCACUGGACUACGUACUGAAGGCUCUAAAGCUUUGCGACGUUGAUGACCUGCUCUGUGCUAGAAUACACAGUGAUCAUGGCGACAUACUCAAGGACUUGGGUGACCUCAGCUCUUCAGCCCAGAGUUACGAAGUCGCUAUUCGUCUCGAUCCAAAUCUCGCUCAUGCACAUCUGAAUCUCGCCGUGAUAAGGCACUUAGAGAAUGACUACUCUGGCGCUUUUCGACACUACCAGGUGGCCCUGUCUCUCGAUCCAAAGAACAAGCUCAUCAUAGACAACAUGGCCAAAUUAAGGCGGCGAAUUACUAAGCCACUGCCUUUCCACGACUGCGUUUAGAACGGAAUGUGUCGUCUUAAUGCAUUUACUGUGCUGCUUUUCUGCAUAGAAACAAUUCAUGCUUUGACUGUAUGUUUGGGCUGGAUUGACACUCUUUCACUUUUUAUCUUUUGCAACUUUAUCAUUGAAAACUCAGACGCUCUGUAAAUGCAUUCGAAGGGUGGUAUAAUAACAUCAGGGCUCGUUAACAACGAUUCUGGAAAUUUAACUUUUUGCUUUACACAAAUUGAGCUUUAAGCACGGUUGUCCUUUCCAAGAUGUUGCUAAUGCCACCUACAAAUACGAUACAGAUUGUGGAGUUUUCUGUUGCUGAUGGGAACGCUAAUAACUUUCCAAAAGUAUUCGUGGAAGCCGUGUAAAUCUGUCGGCUGCAAAUAUCCAAAAGCAGUGAAAAGCCUGUUUUCAUACACCCUUCUUAUAAAUGGCACGGUGUAAUUGUGAACCCGCCAUACCAUAUUGCUGUGCCAUUUUGGGAAUUCAAUUGAUUUUACGAUUGGUCUAAUACAGCAUUCCUCGAAAUUUCACUAGUGAUCCUACAUUUUCUGCCUUCCUUUAAUGUGCGGGAAGAAUAUUACUCUGCAAAAGAUUUGCCGCAUGAGUCAACAGUGAAUGUGAACGAAAGUGAAUGAAGACUGUGAUCCUCUGUCAUAUAGGCCUAUCAUCACACAUUUCCAGCACACGCAAAAAAAAAGACUCCACAAGAGAAACUUGCUUACGCAUUGGUUCAUGUUUGUCAUCCUGUUUAUUUGCCCUUUUUUGCCACAAGCUACGUUAAUUCCUGUAAAAGGAAGUACCAUUUGUUCGAGUGGUGGCAUAAGACUAUGCAACAACGUGCCUAGACUUCCAACCCUCAUGUUAGUAAGGGCGACAUUGCAGCACUGCUCGCUCGAAGAGUGAGAGAUUUGCUCAGAUGUGUUGCUGUAUGACUGGUAUUGCUGGUAGGAUGGAUAGUUGGGCGUGUUGGUUGAGCAUGACCUAAACUUCAAGGCACAAAUACGACGACGGACCAAGAGACAUACACACACACGUGCAGCCUGUGUGUGUGUUUCUCUCUUUGUCCGUCGUCGUAUUUGUGCCUUGUCCUUCAGAUCAUGACAUUGCUGGACCGUUUUAUGGACGCUUCAUCAUUCAGCGGUGUAUACAUGACAUUCCACGACGGUGAAAUUCCAGAAAGAAAUGUCGCCAUACGGUCUAGAAAGGUUUUCUUUUUACGCGGCUGGUUGAAGAAAUCAAUAAUUGCUCAAGUUCACUCUUGUGAUAUUACAGAGAUAAAAAGAGCAAAUAAGCCUCCUUAGGCUAUGCCAACACUUCUGGACACUCUGCAGAAAACAACGCCUUGAUUUUUCUUUCUGCUCUUGCUUUGAAAUUGUAAUCCGGGUUGCUUCAUUGGCGCAACUUCGUACGUAUGCGGCCUUUGUGUAAAGCAAAUGGGCUUUGCAAGAUUGAAAAGCUGAGUUUUAGUAAGCUUUUCUCUGAUGCGUUUCAUAACAAAAACCUUGAUGUGGGUCUCUGUGUACUGUAGGUGUUUAUUGUACCCAAAAUAUUUCACGCAUUGGAUAUGCCACCUUCCUUACACUAUAGCUGCAUAGCGGCGUCUCGAUUGCGAGACGACCUUGCAAGAGCCGUUAAUUACGUCGCCUUACUUAACUAGAGCCUUGCACGGGUAGCCCCUCUUCUAGAAGAGUGUUUCACUGUGUGAAUCAUUUGGCAACUUCCGCGAAUGCUAGGUGUACAUCGAUAUUGUUGCUUGCUGACGUGGAAUCAUUUCAACUAAUGCUGUGUUUUUAUAGCCGACGAGCAAUGAUGCCAUCGAGCCCUUUGCGGUUUGCGUGAUGUUGUGUCUUCGGGAGAAGUCAUAGUUUUCUUACCAUGGUAAAGGUGAAUGUUCGUUUGGUAGAGUUAUUUUUCUUAAAUCCCAAUGAAUUGGAAUGGACAAUGUAUGCGCCCCAUACGUAUGCUUGUCUGUCGUCACGUAUAAGAGUGCCAUUGCUGGAGUUAUCGUUUCAAAUCUGCGCGGCUGAGUGUUAUUUGUGCGUAAACAAGUUUGUAGAAAAUGUCGUGCCGUCAUGUUAUCCCACAUUUUGAAAGAAAAACUGCGAUGCCU